UACUAGCAAAUCCUCCUGUAUGUCCUCACUGGAAGUGUCCGGUGGGAAACUGUGCCACCGCAGGCAAGGAGCCGGCAGUAGCUUGGUUCCUGAGCGGAUGCUGGGACUGUAAGGCGCGCGCGGUCAGCUGUUUGCGGUGCAGGGAGGAGGACGCCGGGGCUCGCCUUUCCUCCUCUGCCGCCGCCGCCGCCGCCGCCAUGAUUCCGGUGUCGUUGGUGGUGGUGGUGGUGGGUGGCUGGACUGUCGUCUACCUGACCGACUUGGUGCUGAAGUCAUCUGUCUAUUUUAAACAUUCUUAUGAAGACUGGCUGGAAAACAACGGAUUGAGCAUCUCCCCUUUCCACAUAAGAUGGCAAACUGCUAUUUUCAAUCGUGCCUUUUACAGUUGGGGACGGCGGAAAGCAAGGAUGCUUUAUCAAUGGUUCAAUUUUGGAAUGGUGUUUGGUGUAAUUGCCAUGUUUAGCUCAUUUUUUCUCCUUGGAAAAACGCUGAUGCAGACUUUGGCACAAAUGAUGGCUGACUCUCCCUCUUCUUAUUCUUCCUCCUCUUCCUCUUCCUCCUCUUCUUCCUCUUCCUCUUCUUCAUCAUCUUCCUCUUCCUCCUCGCUUCACAAUGAACAGGUGUUACAAGUUGUGGUUCCUGGUAUAAAUUUACCCGUCAAUCAACUGACCUAUUUCUUCGCGGCAGUUCUCAUUAGUGGUGUUGUACAUGAAAUUGGACAUGGGAUAGCAGCUAUUAGGGAACAAGUCCGAUUUAAUGGCUUUGGGAUUUUUCUCUUCAUUAUUUAUCCUGGAGCAUUUGUUGAUCUGUUCACCACUCAUUUGCAACUUAUAUCACCAGUCCAGCAGCUAAGGAUAUUUUGUGCAGGUAUCUGGCAUAAUUUUGUCCUUGCACUCUUGGGUAUUUUAGCUCUCGUUCUCCUCCCAGUAAUUCUCUUGCCAUUUUACUACACUGGAGUUGGGGUGCUCAUCACUGAAGUUGCUGAGGACUCUCCUGCCAUUGGACCCAGAGGCCUUUUUGUGGGAGACCUUGUCACCCAUCUACAGGAUUGUCCUGUUACUAAUGUGCAAGAUUGGAAUGAAUGUUUAGAUACCAUCGCCUAUGAGCCCCAAAUUGGUUACUGUAUAAGUGCAUCAACUUUACAACAGUUAAGUUUCCCAGUUAGAGCAUACAAACGGCUAGAUGGUUCAACUGAAUGCUGUAACAAUCACAGCCUCACAGAUGUGUGCUUUUCCUACAGAAAUAAUUUUAAUAAGCGUUUGCAUACAUGUCUUCCUGCCCGGAAAGCAGUUGAAGCGACCCAAGUUUGCAGAACCAAUAAAGAUUGUACAAAAAGCUCAAGUUCAAGUUUCUGUAUAAUACCUUCUUUGGAAACUCACACUCGCUUAAUAAAAGUAAAACACCCACCUCAAAUUGAUAUGUUAUAUGUAGGACAUCCUCUGCAUCUUCACUACACAGUGAGCAUCACCAGUUUUAUCCCACGUUUUAACUUUCUAAGCAUAGAUCUGCCAGUGAUUGUGGAGACAUUUGUCAAGUACCUGAUUUCCCUCUCAGGAGCUCUGGCUAUUGUUAAUGCAGUACCCUGCUUUGCUUUGGAUGGACAAUGGAUUCUAAACUCUUUCCUAGAUGCCACCCUUACCUCAGUGAUUGGAGACAAUGAUGUCAAAGAUCUAAUAGGGUUUUUCAUCUUGCUGGGUGGCAGUGUACUUUUGGCUGCCAAUGUGACCCUGGGACUCUGGAUGGUUACAGCACGGUAAUGUUUGCACUCAUCUGACAGAAUCCCUGAGUUACAGUAUACAGCUAUGUGGUAAUAUCCAUUGCCAUUGAAAUUCUUAUUUGGUAUGAAAUAUAAAGUGUUUCCUUAAAUUACAUCUUAGCCAACAACCCUGAGCUCUUCCCAUAUCCAGAGUACCCAAACUCUGUGGUAAAAGAUAAGCAGAAUAAAUGAAAGGCAUAGUCCCUGACUAUAUUCUAAUUUAGGACUGAAUGUACCCAGAUGCUUCUGGAAUAUCUAAGCAAGUGCAAAUUCAUGUGAUACCAUUUCAUGUGAUUACAUAUUGUGUUGAAAUAGUAUAAAGGAGAACAGAACUGGGUGGAAUUAAUUGGGAAAAACUUCUUACAAAAGCAUCAUUAAUCAAAAUUUGAAGGAGACCAGACUUUGGCCAAGUGGAAGGAUGACCAUUGUCUUGGCCUGUAUCUCUUGUCCUUUGUCUUGUUUGAAAAGUGUUUUAAAAUUUAAUAGUGUAUUAUUUUGUGCUCUGAAAGCUGAGGUCGGAUUACAAUUAGUAAAAUUCUAUAGAAGAAUCUGCUGAUGUGAAAGGGAAAAAUCUUUGUCAAAUGAUACUAAAUAAAUGAACAAAAUAGGAAGUAGGGCCUAUGAUAUCAUGAGACAUAUUUGCCCCACAAAAGUUGCAUCUUUGAUAAGGUAUCUCUGCCCCCUCAUAAAGCAGCAGUAGCUUUGACAUCCACAGUGAGCUGCAGGAAGCAUCUCACACCAGCAGUAUGUGAGCUGAGGGAGGCAGUUAGGGUUGAACCUCAGAACUAGGCCGGAUCUCCUGACAGAUCACAAGACACCCCAGAGGAUCUUCAGCAGUCCUGCUUCCCAUUCUCUAUAGAGCUUUGAAGCUUGGAACUCUUCCAGGGUAAACAUUUUCUCUUGUGCUGCUGAGGCCAUCUGGGGCCUAGCUCCUGGGUUCCUGUCUCCAAGAAGCAAUGACCUUAAACUCUGAGCCAUACUCUGUCCUCACCAGCGGCUCCCAUGUUUCUCUGUGUCAGGUUAUUAAGUACUUAGUCCUUGCUUUCCGUCUGUCCCCUAAGCUACCUCUCUGGGUCCACAGAAGACUUGGUAGUAUAGUGAGAAUGGCUCUACAUGAGUACAAACGUGGAUUUGCCAGAGCUUGGGAACUGACUCUUGAGCUCAGAAGAGCCACACUUGGUUCGAGGUCUUUUGGACUGGAGAUGCAGCCCUGGGAAAUUUGGGAAGUCAGCAGGCCAGUGUAAAGCUGUUGGUCCUAGAAGUAUAUGAGCUUGCUGUUUCUUUGAUGAAAAAUACAUGCUUCUCUCGUACACUCAGAAGUGAUUAAGGGCAAUAAUUUAUUAAUAGCCAGGUAUCCAACUUCUUUACUGAAUGAUGUAUUCUAUGGGGUUACCUUUUUCAGUUUAUUGAGUUGCUCUGUAAGCACUAAAACUUUUUAAUCAUUUUUAAGAAACUUUUUAGAUUGUAUUACAAAUUUGCCUUAACAGAAAUUAGACAUUGAAUAUAAUUUUAACAUUUUAUUAAUGACUUGGGUCAUCAGUUAAUAACAGUACUAAAACCAUAUGAAUUAUUGGUUUAUUCCGGAAAAUACAGCAUUUGUUCUAUGUUAGGUAGACAGUCACUUGGGAUCAGAGUAUAUUAGCAUAGUAAUGCUCAGACCUGUUCAAGUAAUAGAGCUUGGAGAAUGCCAUGAAAUAUAUAAUUAAUUUGAUUGCAUGAACUAAGCAAUUUACUAAUGAAAAGGUUGUAUAUGUGCAAGUCAGUUUUUUAAAAACCGAGACAAAGUUUUAAUAGAGGAAAUCUUAUUCAUUAAUUUAUUUUUCUGAGUGAAAAAACAAAACCCAAAUCUCAUUUUAUUUCAGCUACUAAACAUUUUGAUCUGUUGACCCAUAGGAUCAGGAUUUGGGAACCACUUUACUAGGAAAGAGCAGAUCAGUACCAUUUGUGUAAAACUGGCUUCAUUAUGUAAGAAAGAAAAUGUUAUGUGUUUUCUUCUUUAGCUUGGUUGUGGGCACUUCUACAGCAAGGACCAUAUCAUGUUCAUCUUUGCAUCCCUGGCACAGUGCAUGAGACAUAAGUACUUAAUAAAUGCAGUUGAAUGGAUAAUGAUUAGUGUUAUUUAUGGAUUAGAAAAAGCAUGUUUCUAUUUAAGUAAGCUGUAAAAAGUAUUAUUGAAUAUUUACUGUAAAUAUAUGUUCACAUAAAAAAAUAACUUGGAAGGUCUUUUUGUCCCUGGCAUGUUAUCAUCUUUAUGGAAAGAAUCCACUAUGGUUUCUGUAGAGUGAUUAGAAAAAUGGAUUAUUUUGAGAAUUGAAGAAAGUGUUCUUUCUGUGUUGUCACUUUGUUCAACAGUAAAACUUUAUUCUCAGUGUUCCUACUCUGCAUUGUUUACAUUUUUGAGAGUUUUUUUUUUAAAUCACCUACAAUCUGUAAAGAAUGUAUAUAUUCUUUUCAGCCUCUCAGUUUGAAAAGACAUGCGGUUAAACUUGACUUUUUGAUAAUCGUUCUUACAGGUCAUUGUCUGUUCUAACAGCAAAUUGUAAACAUGUGCUUCGUAGAUAUUGUGGCUCUCAGUCAUCACUUUGUCCUAUGGUAUUUAUUGAAUGUUCACAUACUAAUGGUGCACAGGUGUUUUUUUCUAUAAAUCUUCUGACUGUCCUGUAAUUCAUUCUUAAGCUUUAACUUGAAGAUAUCGUAAUCGCCGGCAUUUGAUGUUUAGCAAUAAAAUAAUAAAUGUGUACCAGCAUUUUAUGUUUA